UUUUACCAACAGCAAAACACGAAGACCAUUUCUGUCCUGGGGAAAAUGGAGACAGAAUUGGAACAAAAUCAAGAAGCUGCCACUGCGCUUUAUUUAAAUGAAAGUACACCAAACAUUACAACCACAGGUGCAAGCUUGUGCAACAGCCUACAGUGUUACAUGGUCCUGAACGAAUCAGAGAAGAAAGCUAUUAGCUCAAUCUGCUUGAUAGCCGGCCCUGUGACAUUCCUGGAGAAUAUUUUGGUCCUGUUGAUCAUUGCAAGCUCCACCACUCUGCGCAGACGGCCAUCGUAUCUGUUCAUCAGCAGCCUGGCACUAGCUGACACCUUUGCCAGCUGUUUCUUCACCAUCAGUUUUCUAGAUUUCCAUCUUUAUAGUCAGAGCGACGGCCCUAAUAUCUAUCUGUUCAAGCUGGGUGGCGUCACAAUGGCUUUCACUGGCUCUGUAGGAAGCCUGUUGCUGACAGCGCUGGACCGUUAUCUCUGCAUCUACCAGGCUUCCAAUUACAAGGUGCUACUGACACGCACUAGAGCCAAGCUGGCUAUUGUAUUACUAUGGUGUGCAACGGUUAUAAUUUCAUUUCUUCCUCUGAUGGGUUGGAGGUGUGCAACCAAGUUUCAUCCUCCGUGCUCCCGUCUCUUCCCUUAUGUGGAUGAUCACUACCUGGCCUUCUGGACGGGCCUACAACUUGUGGUGCUCUUCCUCAUCAUAGUGGCUUAUGUCCUCAUCCUGUGGAAAGCAAAUCGCCAUGAAGCAGCUAUGGGUGGACCAAAGUCGGGGAGGCAGAGCGUGAAAGGACAGGCUCGAAUGCGAAUGGACAUUCAGCUUGCACGUACCUUCAGUCUGAUUCUCCUAAUCCUUGCUGUUUGUUGGCUGCCUGUCCUGUCCUUUAUGAUGGUGGAUGUCACAGUGACCCUUACAGACAAACAACAACGAAUGUUCGCUUUCUGUUGCACUCUUUGCCUGGUCAACUCAUGUGUAAACCCGCUUCUAUACGCCCUACGCUGCAAAGAGCUGAGGGCAGAACUGUUUGCAUUGUUAGCAUGUUGCAAGGCAUGCAGGGAACGUACGUUGGGAAACACUCGUGGCCAAAGAAAGGAAAAUGGUUCUGGGAUUAGCAAAAAGAGCAAAGAUCAGGCUGUUAGUGAUAGUAACCCAGAUACUAUUUCUGAAAGCAUAGACAAGCAGUAAAACAGCACAUAA